AUGGGAUGGAGAGAACUAGAAAAUGGUGAACAACCAAAUCAUCUUCUGCAUAUGGCAAGAUUCUUAAUGGAUUGUGGUAUCUAUGAGGAAAGUUUAUCAGGACAGUGGCCGAGACUACCACCUCCUGCUGCAAAAGAUGCAGUAAAGAAUCUUAAGGAGAUCAUAGUGAAGACUGAUGAUAUAAAUUGUCCAAUAUGUUUGAAGAAUUUUCAUAUAAAUGAAAAGGCUAAAGAAAUGCCAUGUGAACACCAUUUUCAUGAAAAAUGUAUUCUUACAUGGCUUAAUCAGACAAAUUCUUGCCCAUUUUGCCGUUUUGAGUUAGUCACAGAUGAUGAGCGAUAUGAAGCUUUCAAGAAAGAGAAGAAAAGGGCUGAGCAAAGGAAGGAAGACAUAGAUACCUUACAUAACUCUAUGUUUAGU